GGUGUUCAUGCCUUGUUCCUUGUCUCAUGCCUUGCCACAGAUCUGGAUGUGGUCCUCGCUCAUUGGCUGCCUCGGCCGUCGGUCAGCGGAUUUAGCCUCCAGUGUUCCGCUGCUGCGUCGGAAUCUUGAGAACACAAACCAAGUGAGAGAAAUCCUCCAAGCGAAGAAAAAGUUCAUGCUUGAGUUCUGAAAAAGCCUCGAACACAUGAAGUCACAGCUGAACAUGGAGAAUCUGAGCAAGCCAGAGUUGCUGAAGCUUUUCAGCAUCCUGGAGGGAGAACUGGAGGCCCGGGACCUUGUCAUUGAAGCCCUUAAGGCCCAAUGCAAACACAUGUUCAUCCAGGAGCACUACGGCAACUACAACCUCAGCGACCCCUUUCACGCCUUGCAAAGAGACAGCGAGAUCGUGGGAGGACAGAACAUGGGCCGUUCUUCCCCAACAUCUAACCCUCUGGUGGUGCUGAAAAUGGUGGUGAGCCACUGCAGGAAAAUGCAGGACAAAAUGUUGGCCCAGCUGGCUGCAGCUGAGAGCAGACACAAAAGGGUUAUUGCAGACUUGGAGGAAGAAAAGCGGAGGCACGCAGAGGACGCCGCUGAUGGAGAUGAUGUCACUUACAUCCUGGAAAAAGACAGGGAGCGUCUCCAGCAGCAGCUGGAGUUUGAACGGAGUCAGGUCCGUAGGCUGGAGAAAGAACAAUGGCGUGCAACUGAGCAGCUCGAGGAGGAGCGCGCUCAGCACAGAAACCUCUCCUGUGCUCUGGCUAAAGAGUGCAAAUGGGCGAGUGCCCGGGCUCUGGAGGAGGGUCACCGUCUGACCGAGCUGAGCCACAAACUUGACAAGGAGAAGGAGGCAUGUCAGGCCCUGAGAAAGGAGCUGCAGGAUGAGCGGGCGAGAGCUCUGCGCAUGGAGGCGAGGGUGGAGGAGCAGCUGGCGGAGUUCGACACUGAGCGGGAGCAACUCCGCUCACGCCUGAAGAAGGAGGAAGCUCAGUGUCGUCAACUACAGCAACAGGUGAAAGAACUGUUGAAGAAGCUGGAGGAGGCUCAUGGGAUUACAGAAAUCAGACGGACCAAGAUGAUGUCGGUGGAGGCAGAAAACAGUGAAUGGGACUCAAGGGUUUGUCCAGGAAGCAGUGUGGUGGAGAUCAUGAUGGUUAAGGACAGAAAGGAAGACGUCUCAGCUGACCAGCAACAAGUCAGCAGUCACACGUGUCCAGUGGAGACCAAUGGGUACCAUAGUUCCACCAAUCCAACAGAGAAGAUGUCCCUCCAGAAUGGAACAGACAGUUUUCCACUUCCUUCCUCUAGUAUGCCCUCCCCGACGCUUGCUUUUUCCUCCCCCUGUGCCUGCCCCGCCCUGGCCAAACGCUCGCCAGGCAGCUCGGGUCCCGGAGCGUAUCAGUCUCCGUACCAGGCUGGGAUCAACCAACGUUUCCACGCGGCGCGCCACAAGUUCCAGAGCACAACUGAGCCAGAGCCGCCAUCCCAGGCCGGACAACCUGCUCUCCCGCCUCCACCGAAGGACACCUCCCCUCUAACCAGCAGCUCCUCCCCCGAGGCCAGCCCGGUGAAGCAGAUGGCAAGGAGCACAGUCACUCAGGUUCUGUCUCGUUUCACCACAGUCCAACAGAGCGCAUCAACAAAACCGGCCUCACCCAACAAUUCCCCCUUUGGUACAGACUACCGCAGCCUAGCAGCACCCCUGUCCCCUGUCCCCGCAAGGGCUGCCGGUGCAAAUCCCCAAAGGAUUCCAUCACCCACCAUUUCCAGAGUAGAAAGGGGCCACCCCCCACCCAUCCCCCCUAAGAAGCCUGGUCUGGUCCAGGCCCCCCUAUCCCCUGCAGUGGGGCCCAAGUCUGCCAGCCCCCUGUCAGGCGGCUGUGGGCUCACGUCUGCCCAGGAGGGGGUGAAAGAACUGGACAUGGUGGUUUCCUCCAACUAACACUCCUGUGAUCAGAGAAACCCAUCAGCUAACGCUCCGCUUGUAGCUUCACGUUCAUUCCAUGUUUUGGAAUAAUAUUCCUGAGAUUAGCUUGUAUAUGAUGGAUCAAAACAGUUUGAUCGUCUUAUAAAUAAUCAGAGAUAAAUGUAGAGACAAAAAACCUGAAAGAAUGGAUUAGUCUUGUACGUAUUAUUGUGUUAUAAAAUAUCUUUGCCAUGAUUUCAUAUUUUACUUAGUAAAAGUUCUAAUUUAGUUACAGAUCCAAACAAAAGGAUGAUUCAACAAAAUAAUCCUGAUGUAAAUGAUCUUUUGGUUAAUGUGUGCUACAGAAUCUAUGUGUACAUUCUAUGUACUUGUACAUUAGAUAACCAGCAGUGUCAUUAUACAUGUAUAAAUAUAUAAUUCUUAUUGUUUUACAUAAGAGCAACAUUAUUAAAUGCCUGAAAAGUACCCAGU